GGUCCCUGCGUGCCAAGCCAAUGUGCGAAAUGCUAAACACGUGAAUUUACGAGACACGGCACGUAUCUUGGAUACCAGAAUCACUCUUGUUCCAUACCGGUCUUGUGCUUGCGUGUUUCUGAUUGGCCUAUUUCGAUCCACAACUAGGUAUAUAUUUUCCAUCGUGUUCUUUCGGAACCUUAUUCUGACGUUUUAUGCUCCGAGGAGUGUCAGACGAAAAAGCUUUAAGUAUGUCGUAAAAUGUUUCCUUUUUUCAAAGCCAUUUACAGAUGAGUCUGCUACCCAGGGUACUGAGCACAGGGCCAAUAAAAAUUAGUAUCGUUAAAAUCUUUCGCGCAUCUCUUUAAUGUUACUAAAACUUAAAAGGAUGUUCUUGCAAAAUUUUCAAUCAGAGCGUUGUUAGAUUUCAAACUUCACAGAAGAGACUCGUUUCAUGCUUGCAUGUUCUUUUCAUUCAAUUCUUGCUACUUGGUUACCGUAGCUUAUGAAUAUUAGGCAUACAAUUUAAGUUGUGGCAAUUUUGCAUGUGUUGCAUCCAAGGUACUUAUGCCCUGAUCAAAAUUGCCAGAGAAAUGCAGCAAAACUAGGUCGCAAUAAGUAAAUGAAAAGGUGAAAGGACAAUAUAACGAGAAGAGAUCUUGUGAUACGAGAAUAUGUAACCAUUAUAGAAAUUAAAAAAACAAAUCUUUCGUCCUGGCAAACAUUAUCGGGUUGUUUCUGCUUGCUUUUUACACUUUCGUCAUCUCAGCAAAAUUACAGUGUGCCUUUCUUAUGGCACAGACUUUUAAUCGAAAGCAAUAAAUGUCAAGCAAACUUGUCGAACUUGCUAUAUUUGUUUGUCUUAGGACCGUGUUUACCUUGAUUGCGUGAGCAAGUUCUCUGCUAAUAAAGUUUUCCAGCCAACUUCGGAUAAAAAAAUAGAUUGCUAAGGCCAUAAAACAACAAUGCCAUUUAGACAGCUAUCAAUAUCACAGUGUGUCAGCUUAGGGGUGCCGUCCUAAAAAGUUAGAAAGGUGGGCUGUGCUGUAGGCAAUUUCAAGAGACCACACCCAUGGCCCUACCCAAUAUACUUGCAUUUGUGUUAAAGAUUGAUUAGAGAAACUGCUCCUUCAUGAUAAAUCUAUAGUACAAUAGAGGAUUGUCUACACAGAAUUCGCCCAACCACAUAUGAGCUCACUAUUAAGCCCCCCCCCCAAACUCCCUAUGAAUUUUAGCAAGGGGCGGCUAACCACCCCUCCAUGGCAACACUAGCUCUUUACGAUAUGAAAUCUGUACUUGUUAUACGCGUUGAAUUCACUGAAUCGCGUUGAAUUAUGUUACCGUUGCAUUGGCCUCGAUACCAAUAAAACUAUGCACAAUUUUUGAAUUUUCGCGCUGAAAAAUACACGCAUGCGUAUAAUGUGAAAAUUCAUCGUCAAUGGCGGAUUACUGGAAGUGUUGAGAGGUAAAAGAAUAAUGUUUUACGCUACAUAGUCUAUGAAAAGAGAUAAGUGAUGCUUAUUAAAUCUUGCUUCAAGCUAAAUUCAAUCUUUUAUAAUGAUGUCUUAAUUGACUUUGUAUAUUUAUUUUGAUCUAGGCCGACCCGACAGGCCACAUUAUAUGGAUUUCUUGGAUGAUUUUGAAAAUAACAAAUCAAUUUGGAAUCUUUGUGUGUAGUCAAAUAUUUUUUAUAGAUCGACUUUUUGCGUCACGGAUCUUCAAUGAAAGAGGGCCUAAUUCCACGAUAAUAAUUGAUAUACAUAUAUUGCACAUUGUCACUUCGCCAGCUGUUUUUAUUUGUAUGUAUUGUGCAUUAAAAUGGCAAAUAACAUGGCCAAGUUAUAUUUUAAUUAGCAACUUCACCGGGAGCUCACAUCUUGACUGAAGUACCAAAAACAAUUCCAAAAACUUUACAGUGCAUCUCUAAUUUAAAACUGUUCAUAAAACAUAUUAGACUGUUCAUAAUUUGAAGACUUAACAAGUUCCACCCUGGCAUUCCUUUGAAAUGGAUAGUGAAGUCUGUACACAGACUAUGUACUUUGUUGAUAAUUUGUAGUUGAAUUUCGCUAAUAAUAAAUUUAUUAUGUGUUGCAGGGAUAAAUUUAUGUUGUGCUAUUUUUUAUUGUUUGAAUGAAGUAUAAUUUUCUAUGGCUAUUCCAUUUAUAAAAUUAUGAAGUUGAAUGGUAAUUAAUUGAGUAAUAAAGUCAAAGGGAUACAAAGAGAAAAAUCAGUUUGCAUCUGCUUUUACAAUUUACUAGGGAAAUUCAGCCGACUACCUCUAUUUCUGAGUACAAUGUUUGGUUCUACAAAAUAACAUUGGUGAUUAUGAAGUCUUUUUCCAUAUGUUUAUGAUAUUGCCAGAAAAUAAGCCAGAUACUUUCAGCAAGUUCUUUCAAUGGUCUCCCACAUAUGGCUCAUGGUUCAAGGGUGGAAUCCUUGUGAAGCUCACACUGGACAUACGUCAGUUAACAAUAGAAAGACAAUGGGGAAUCAUUAGUCUAUGCUGGAUAUCUCUUGUGUAAGCUACAUGAAUUCAACACUUGCCCGUGGUCUCCCAAAAUGGUACUCUGGCAACAGGGGUGGACAAUUCCAGUAGAAAUUUGGUUGCCAGGCAGUUACCUUUUGUAGCGAUAAACAGCCUCUGGCAUAUAAAAACCAGUUUUCCGGGUGCACAGAAGACUGGAUUCAGAGGUGGAAAAAAAUUUUUUCUUUCUGGGAACCUAAGAAUCUGGCUCAAAACUUUCUGCAAAAUUUAGGGGGUAGACAAAUAAACUUUCUGUUUGUGCCUAUAUCUCUUAGUUGAUGUAUAAAAGUGGGCAAAUUUAAUUUUAAGAAGUAUAUAUGAUACUUCUCUUUUGAAUGUUCAAUUUGUUUUUAUUUUAAUGCUUAAUUUGUUUUUUUUUCUCAAAGUAUUUCUAUAGAAGGUUAAAUUGAAUGCAUAAAAUUGUCAGGCAAUCAACUUCUUAACAUAAUCAGUAUCAUUUAACAUCAGAGAUCUUGACUUUUGUUCCAAAACAGUCAUUCUCAACAUAUUAGAUAUGCCUUUACUUAAUGCAUUAAUGCACAUAAGAAAGAAAUCAUUCUUAGCUAGAAAUUGAUUCAAUCAAUCAUCAUGAUGGAAAAUCAAAAGGAAAAUCCAUGCAAUAAUCUCCAAACAUAGUUUCAGAAGAGAAAGGGGCAAAAGCAUUUGAAUUGUAUGGUGCAUUUUAUGGAGAAGACUUAGCCUAAACUUUUGACAAGUGAGAAGCAAUAUGUGGUUAAAAUGGAGUCCUAGCAUGCAACAGAUUAAUGUAACCAAGCAUAUUAACUUAUGAUCAAUGCUGCUCACACCAUGGUGCCAGAAAUAUUUUCUGUGAAAGUAGAUUCCAGUACCUAUAUUAAUCUCAGUCUUAAUCAUGGUUUGUCUUAAAAGCUCAGCUGCUAAAAAAAUUCUGAUCGUGAGUGGCUGAGAUUUCUGUGAGAUGGUGAAUGUAAAUAAUGUGCACAAAGAAUUUAUUUCCAAUGGAAAGAGACUAAUUCCCACAUUCCUUUGGCAGCUCAAAUUUAGCUGCUCACAGACAAGUUAAAAUAAUAUUUUCAACUAAUUUGACUUAACCUAUGUCACCAAAUUUUUAUAUUUACUUUAACACUUCAAAAAAUUUCUGUGAAACUUUCUGCCAACAUUUUCAUCUAGAAACAUUUCUGGGAACUACGUUCCCAGGUUCCGAUACUUUUUCCACCUCUGACUGGAUUGUCCACCCCUGUUGUUACAUUAUAUUCUCCUUAAAUUAAUAAAUUAAAACAAUGAAUAAGUAAAAUAUUGUCUGUUUUUUACAGUUAUACAUAGCCUUACAUGUGAGAAAAAGAUGUUAAUCCAAAUACAUGCACCUGGCAUACAUCAAUACCCAAUUCUUGUAUUUUGAUAAAGCAAAUCUCCAAGAAUGCAAAAUGGUUUCAAGAGCAAGCAAAUCUUCCAAAAAUAUUUUGCAUGCCAUUGCUGCAUAUGAGAUUGGUUUGAAGGAAAAGAGGAUGUUAGAUACCUUUGCUGAGCAAAAGUUAUCUACAGAAUGCUCUGAUAAUUAUCAGUACCAAUCUCGCACAAAGUCAGCAUUCUUGAUAACAUUCAGUCCUAAUGGGUCAAGAAUAGCAGUAUCUCAUGGUGAUCACACAAUCAAAAUAUUUGAUGUGCAAACAAAUCAAUUGAUCACAUCUUUGAAAGGACAUACAAGGUCAGCUUGGAGCAUAUGUUAUCAUCCAUUCCACAACAAUAUUAUUGCUUCAGGAUCCUUAGCUGGUGAAAUUAGAGUUUGGGAUGUGGAUACUGGAGACUGUCAGUCCUUUGAAAUUGCUAGAGGCCAUGUCAUAUCAUCACUGUCCUUCCAUCCAUAUGAAGACAUAUUAGCCGUUGCAGUCAGCUAUAGACUGUUCUUUUUAAACUGGAAAACUGGCAAAGUAAUCCACACCAGUACAACCAGGGGCCUAAAAGAAUCUGUGAGAUAUGUCAAGCUUGGCUUGCAUUCCGAUUGGAUUUUAACUGGCAUUCUUAACGACCUUGACAAAAAAGAACAACUAUUUGGUGAUAUUCGAAUCCAACCGAGCUCAGAAUUAGGCCAAAGAGCUUUGCAAACCGUCAGCUGUCAUCGGCUGGAGAAUCCCAGAACCUCUUCUGCAGCUACCGCGAACUCGAGGCCUGAGACGUCCACAGCAACUAUAAAUGUUGAGUCAUCUUCAGGAGCGGGUCAUUUUCAACGGAUUUCGAGUGCAUAUGCAGAACAGGCUGCUUUUCCUAAUAGGAGCAGCAGCUCAAGUGACACAAAUACUUCUGCAAAUGUGUCCAUAACGAACUGUUCGUCCAGUCGGGGGCAGGGGGCUUCAACAACGAAUUCAAAUCAGAACACUGGUAGCACUUCUGGAUCUACGAAUCUGGUACGUUUCUCAGAAGAAAGAGAUCUCGAAUUAACGAAUUUUCCAAGGCCACCGGAACAAGGCAGGGUCCCACUCUCAAGGCCGUUUAGAUCAGAAGUAUGGAGAGUUGAUUUAGACGAAGAGAACGCUAGGGUUUCUUCAUCGCAAUCGUUUAAUGCGCAAUCAAGAACUGACUCCGGGUUUCCUUCGUUACCGGUUUAUAGUUUUAUAUCGUAUCCGGCUGGUACUAGAUAUGGUUCCAGUUCUUCAAGCUCAAUACCUAGUGGUCAUGCUGUCGCCACAGCAACUGCAAGGACUCCACGUCAUGUGCACACGGCAGUUGUUGUAGCUGGCGGUCUUGCAGAAGAAUCUGAAGAGGCUCUAAGGACUGCAAUAAAUCGCGCUAUAGCUGGUGCAUUUGCGGGGAAUGGCGAAGGAGCAGUAGCGUCGAACAUAGCUAAUUCUACAUACAGGCUGCAGUUGUGGAAUCUCGUUGAUGCUGGCAUUCCAUUGCUGACUGAAGCAAAUUGCAAUGUCGUUGUCCCGUUUUGUAAGCUUCACAAUGAUGGCAGCAUCGACAUCUCGCAAGACGAAACUUUAUUAGCAGCUUAUGUGCCAAGCACGAGAGGAUUUCCUGAAAAUGGCAAUGUUUGCAUAUUCUCGUUGCAAAGGGAGACCUUAGGCCACUGUAUUUUCAAGAGAUCUUACGGCCCAAAUUCAGUAUGUCUAAGCUUUUCUCCGUUGAACAACUAUCUGCUGGUUGGUUUGGCAUCAAGAAGAGUAGCAGCAUCUACGAGAAAGGAGGAGCUUGUUGGUCAGAUACUCAGACUGCCCACCAAUGGAAAGUGUGUUGCCGAGGAUGAUGAGGUCGUGCAUACCCUAGUUCACCCCAAGAAUGACGAAUCUGGCCCCAUUGUAAGUGUGAACACAGCCAAGUUCCACCCAAUUCCUGGUGUUGGCAUUAUAUACGGCACCAACCAUGGAGCUGUGAGGCACUGUCGAUACGGGGCACAAGUGUCAAAGAAGAAGCUAUCAUUUACAUAAAGAUAAGAGGUGGCAGACGAGAAAUCUAUAUUUCUUCAGUUCUUGUCGAUAUUCUGUAUCUAAACAACUACAACCAACAGACGAGACGAGACGAUGCUGUUUAGGCUGUACGCUAUGUAUAUCCCAUCGUAAGUCAAAGGUUUGACUGACGUAACGAGUGCCACUGGGAUACUUUGCUUAUUGGUUGCUUUUGCUAGUAGCCCGGCCUAGCGUGUGUUUGAAGCUCCACUUAAACUGCCUUUCCUAAGCUUUGAAGCGAUAUUGAUGGGAAUUAAUUAAUAAAUGUUUUGCUUGGCGAAACCCCGUACAGUAUUUUUUGGAAAAUUGUGCAUAUAAGGUGCAUUUAACACUUAUCCGAACAUUUGUAGACAAUGUAAUGAGUAUAUAUUAUCAGAUAUUCUGAUAAGAUUUUUAGCAAUGGUAGAGUUGCUUUUUGGUAUAUUUCUUGUCACUUAGCAUUUUAACUGUUUUGCAGUUAGAGCUGUUCCUAAUAUUUUUUUUCUUGACAAGGUUCUUAUGUCGAAACCUGAUCGAUCAUCUGAGGGUGUUCUGUUAAAACAGAAGCAGCCAAUGCUAAUCAAUGCAUUGUGUUUGAACUUGCAACUGAAAAUUCCUCCACAUGUUUUUUCUAAAUUUUGAUAUGGCUUUAUCAUAGUAUACCAUUUUUUUCUGUUUAAGUUGCUUCAGAUUAUGGUCUAUUUUUAUAAGCAUUGCGAGUUUAUAGCAUUGUUUAUUAUUCAUCUAUAGCGAAAUAUUUCAACCUCUUUCAUACAAACCACAUUUGCCCUUACUUUCACAUUGGUCUUGAUAUGCCCCUUGCAUUAGCCAGUUUUUGUCAUGGCAGGAAUCCAAGGUUCUUACUACGAUUUCAUGCUUUCAAAACAGCUUGCAACAAAUAGGUCUAGAUUUAUCAGUGAAGAAGUCCGUGUACUGUAUCGGUGCAAGAAAUUUGUGCUUCGAAUAAGGUACAAACAAAAGAACUUCUACUGCACGUGUAUUUUAGAACUUCUAAUGCACGUCAAUAUCCCUGCAAAAUCUUUUGACUGUGAAAAUCUUUUCGCGUCCUUAUCUUGGAAUCUGCUAUUCCAAGAAAUUAUUGGAGAACGAGUGAAUGGAAGCCAACCGCGUUUUCUGUUGAAAUGACAUGUACGUCGUUUUUAAUCAUUAUUGCUUAUGCUCCUUGAUUGUAAGAGGAAAUGGGGGUACUCACUUAUUUGAAUAUUUUCGCUACUUCUCUUUCCCAGCCAGAAAGAUAUGUAAAUAUUAUUGAUGUCAUGAAAAAGUUUAUUAGUGAGGGAGUUAUAUAAUUAAAUAGAGUUAAUUGAUUUGGACCGCUUUUAAAUCAAAAUCCGCUUUUAAAUCCAUACGAAAUUUAAUGUAACAAUAUCUUAAUGCGUAUUUGUCAUAACACAAUCAGAAUAUACUGAAGUAAUGCAUGCUCAACACAAAAUGCAUAUUUUGCCGAAAUGUUGUGAUUGUGGAAAUUGAUAGAUAUGAAUUUUACUGUUUACUGAUUGUUCAAA